UUUAGUAGGUUGAUACCUAUGGCAAUUAUCACGCAUUAAUUUUAUUACAAGGCACGACAUUGCGAAAACAACGAUUUAUAUGUCAUGCCUGCAGAUAUAAUAGGAUAUUCUUAUGCCGCCAUAGUUGCUGGAGGUGGGGUAAUGGGCUAUGUAAAAUCAGCUAGCUUGCCUUCCUUAGCAGCUGGACUGACUUUUGGCUCAUUGGCAGCAGUGGGAGCAUACCAGACAUCACAGAACCGCAAAGAUAUAAGAUUAUCUUUAGGAACAAGUGCAACAUUAAUGUGUGUUAUGGGAUUCAGGUUUAUAAAAACUAGACAGUUUAUGCCAGCUGGUUUUAUAGGAAUUCUCAGUCACCUUAUGGUGUUGAAGUGUGCGUUCGCAAUUAGUGACUUAAGUGGAAUAUUGGGCGGGGAGAAAUAGUUCCUUAGUGUCAUGAUGUCAUAAUGACAUUUUCAUCAUAGUUGAAAAAAGGUGUACACAUGUACAUUUUAGCGAAGUGUUUCUUUGGACGUGCAUCUUACAAUUUUAAUAAACAAAAAUCCUAAAACAGGAAUUUGUGAUGUGUCAGCUUGAUACAAGAUUUAGCGUAUUGUCACCGUCGGGAACUUUGCCAAAGAUUUUAAGUACGGGUACAUGGAAAGGUACAUGUACAUUGUAUGUGUGCAUCUAUUUAUAGUAGGAAUAUGCAGUUGUUCUGUUUCACGCAAUCAAUGAAAAA